AUGGCUUCUCUAAGAGCUGCCGCGCAAUUGCGUCCAAUGGCUUCAAGAGUCCUUUUACGAACAGGGCGAACAUACGCCACUACAAGUGCCAAACCAUUUCAAAUCGCCGGUGAACCAGAGGCUCCAGUCGUCAGGACCGCCAUCCCAGGUCCAGAAUCUCAAAAGGCAAUUGCAGACUUGGAUAAAGUCUUUGAUACCCGAAGUGUAAACAUGCUUGCCGAUUAUCAAAAGAGUGUGGGUAACUACAUUGCGGAUCCGGAUGGAAAUGUGUUGUUGGAUGUUUAUGCACAAAUUGCAUCAAUCCCAGUCGGUUACAAUAAUCCUCAGCUUCUCAAAGCCACACAGACCGAACAAAUGGCAUCUGCCAUCAUAAACCGCCCCGCUCUCGGAAACUUCCCUUCGCACGAUUGGGCCGAGAUUAUUAAGACGGGUGCUCUGAAGGUAGCACCAAAAGGUCUUGAUCAGGUGUUCACUGCCAUGGCAGGUUCAGAUGCCAAUGAGACUGCAUACAAGGCUGCAUUUAUGUAUCGUCGACAACAAGAGCGUGGUGGUGCACAUGUGGAAUUCUCCGAUGCAGAUAUUGCUUCAUCUAUGCUUAAUCAAGCACCAGGUGCGCCUCAAUUAUCUAUCCUGUCUUUCAAGAGUGCUUUCCAUGGACGUCUCUUCGGAUCCCUUUCUACCACUCGCAGUAAGCCAAUUCACAAACUCGAUAUUCCUGCUUUCGACUGGCCGCAAGCUACUUUCCCUCUUCUCAAAUACCCACUUGAGGAUCACGUCGAGGAGAACAAGAAGAUUGAAGAGGAGGCUCUUGCCGAUGUUGAACGUAUCAUCACUACCCAUCACCUCCCACCUUGUGCCGUCGUUGUGGAACCCAUCCAAUCAGAGGGAGGAGACAACCACGCAUCACCAGCCUUCUUCCGCGGUCUCAGAGCCCUCACUAAGAAACACAACAUCCUCCUGAUCGUUGAUGAGGUUCAAACCGGUGUAGGUGCUACCGGUAAAUUCUGGGCCCACGAACAUUGGAACCUAGAGACCCCUCCCGAUAUCGUCACCUUCUCCAAGAAAGCCCAAACAGCUGGUUACUACUAUGGCAACCCCGAGCUCCGCCCUAACAAACCAUACCGUCAAUUUAACACUUGGAUGGGAGAUCCAGCCCGUGCUCUCCUCUUCCGUGCUAUCAUCGAGGAAAUCGAACGUUUGGAUUUAGUUAACCACACCGCCAGGGUCGGAGACUAUCUCUUUAAAGAACUUGAAAGUCUCGCCAAGAAAUAUCCAGGAGAUAUCCAAAACUUAAGAGGUAAAGGACAAGGAACUUUCCUCGCCUUUGACAGCAACCGCAGAGAUGAGGUAGUCAAGAAGGCUAAGGGCGUUGGCAUCAACAUUGGAGGUUCUGGCGAGCGAGCCAUUCGUCUCAGACCUAUGUUGAUUUUCCGAGAAGAUCACGCCGACAUUUUGUUGGAACGCCUCGAGAAGAUUUUCAAAUCCUAG